CUGUUCCCUACGCAGUUGAUGGAGCGGGUGUUGUGGUGGGAGUUUCCCCGGAGCGCUGCUGGACUGAGCUGAGGGUUUAUCCGCUUCGGUAUGAGCUGCAUGCCGCGGACUGGGACACGGAACACCGGGAGGAAACAGACUGAAGUGCCGCUCACGGCGAGCCCGUGCUCAGAGUUUAUAUUUUAGUUAAACGGGUUUCUCUGUUAGCUUGUUUAGCCAUCGAGCUAAUGCUGUCGCUUAUCUGUUGUAGCUAGUGCGCGAACUCCGCGGCCUGACCUGAAGCGAGCUGCUUUAUCCCGCUCUCGGACAUGGAGUUUCACCCCGCCGGCUCUGUGCUGCUGCCUGGGAGCAACGUGCCUGCUUUCCUCACCAAACUGUGGACGCUGGUCGAUGAUCCAGAGACCGACCCCUUAAUCUGCUGGAGUCCAAACGGCAACAGCUUCCAUGUGUUCGACCAGGGCAGGUUCUCCAAAGAAGUGCUUCCUAAAUACUUCAAGCACAACAACAUGGCCAGCUUUGUUCGACAGCUCAAUAUGUAUGGUUUCCGUAAAGUGGUCCACAUCGAGCAGGGAGGCUUGGUGAAGCCUGAGAAAGACGAUACAGAAUUCCAGCAUCCGUACUUCCUCCGUGGACAGGAGCACCUGCUGGAGAACAUUAAGAGGAAGGUGACCACAGUGUCCAAUAUUAAGCAUGAGGAUAUGAAGCUGAGCCCAGAUGAGGUGAGCAAAAUGAUCUCAGACGUGCAGCACAUGAAGGGAAAGCAGGAGUCGAUGGACAACAAAAUCAGCUCCCUGAAACAUGAGAAUGAAGCUUUGUGGAGAGAAGUGGCCACACUGAGGCAGAAACAUGCCCAGCAACAGAAAGUUGUAAAUAAGCUUAUCCAGUUCCUUGUGACAUUGGCGCGGUCCAACCGAGUUCUCGGGAUGAAAAGAAAGAUGCCUCUGAUGUUGAAUGACAGCAGCACAGCACACUCUAUGCCUAAGUACAGCAGGCAGUACUCUCUGGAGCCCUCACCCAAUCUCUCUUCCUCUGGAACGACUUUCGCAGGAGCAGGCAUCUUCUCUAGUAAUGCACCAGUGAAGACUGGCCCAAUCAUCUCUGACAUCACGGAUCUGGCUCAGUCCGGUCCUGCUAGUGCAGAAGAGUGGAUUGAAGAUAGGACAAGCCCAUUGGUGCAUGUAAAGGAAGAGCCAUUAAGCCCCACCCACGUUUCUGAGGUAGAAGAAGUGUGUCCGGUGGAGGUGGAGGUUGGGGCAGGGUCCACUUUACCUGCAGAGACGCCCCUUUCCCCCACCACCUUUAUUAACUCCAUUCUGCAGGAGAGUGAACCAUCACCUGCCCCACCUCUUCCCCCAUCAGAGCAGAAAUGCUUAAGCGUGGCAUGUCUGGACAAUUCCUCCCAGACGUCUGAAGCGUCCCACCCUUGUCCCAGCCUUUCCUCUUCGUCUUCUCACCUCAGAUCGCAGCCACGAAGUGAGCUCAGUGAGCACCUGGACAGCAUCGACAGUGGCUUGGAGAACCUGCAGACCGUCUUCAAUGUGCAGUCCAUCAACUUUGAUUCCUCACCGCUCUUUGAUAUCUUCGGUUCAAACACCGGUGCUGACUUCGACUUGGACAGCUUGACAACUAUUCAGGAGCUGCUGUCGGAGCCUGCCAGAGACACGGAGUGCAGUGACAACAUUAAACCAGGAAAGCAGUUGGUUCAGUACACAGCUCAGCCGUUGAUGGUGAACGACCCGAUGAGCACCGAGAACACGGGCGAGGAUCUGCCCAUCCUGCUCGAGCUGGAGGGAGACUCUUAUUUCAGCCCAGAUCCUGCUGAUGAUCCAACCAUCUCGCUCCUGACCACUGACUACCAAACUACAGGACCUGAAGACCCCAAGCUAUAGUGUGUGUUUAAAAAAAAAAAAAGCUUAUAAAAAGGCAUCUGUGUGUUGGGGGUAUAUUUUGGGCUUGUUUUUUUUUUUUUUGGUGUGUUACAAUUUUCCAUGUUAAAAUCACCAUUUUUCUUUCCUGGUCUAUUUGCUCUUUUAAAACCAUAGCAAUAGCAGAAUCUCUUUCAGCACAGUUUCAUCAUAUCCAUGUUGGUCAUAAAAGCAGUGCAUCAGGCUCUUGUUUGAUUACAUACCUCUGCAGAAGGUGAGAAGUUGAAGCCCUAAUCUGGAAUUCCCAGAACAGCUCUACGGUCACAAGCAGCACGAAGCAUAAUUACUGAGGAUAUACAUUUACAGACUCUCUCCUUAAUUUCAAUAUCAGUAGAAUAUGAAUUACUGAUGCAGUAGGAAUGUAUUUGUAACACACAACUAUACUGUAGUAAUAUGUUAAGGGAAAAAAAAAAUCUUAUAAAUACAUGAGUGCUUCACUUUGUCACCUUUUCCACACAGGUCUUUGAGUUUGUGCACCUUGUUUGUCAGCAGUGGUGAUUCCUGAGUGGGGCUUUAACUAACACGUGCACCAGAACACAUAAUCUACAGCUAAUCUUUGAGUAUUGAACUGUCUUCACUGAGCAUGUAGAGUGUGUGGGCGAGUGUGUGCAUGGUUCUGGGUUUUUUGUUUGUUUGUUUGUUUUGAAUUAAAUGGGAUUGUGUUGUUCGGUA